UGUGCUAAGUAUUGACAGGUUCGGCCAUUUCUGAGCUCAAAAACUUGUCUUAACCUCAGUUCAGCUGUUUCGACUUAGACAUCUCUUUUAUCACUAUCACCUGUGGAAUUAAUCUGACUCGUGGAUAUGCGUGUUUUUCAAACAAUGCGUUUAAAGAGCUUCUGCUUAAACGAUGUCGUUUUUACAAAAUUCAGAGGGGUUCGUGAACUGUCAAAGGUGUGUUCAAAUGAUUCCUUUGGUCGGUUCAAGUUUUGUAGUCUGGCAGUGGUCUCGAGACGUGGUUUUGCAGGAUUUAGCGCUGCAGUCCGCCGUUCCCGUCAGUGUCGUCCACACUUAACGUGGCGUUAUGGGACACAGUGCUGUUAUGCCAAACAAUGCAUCCGCACAGUCACAACCAAAGACGCAUACGACGAAGCCUUUAAAGGGGCAAGGGACGAACCUGAAAAAUUCUGGGGCGAGGAAGCUCAGAGAGUCACUUGGUUUGAGCCAUGGACCCAAACUUUGGAUCGUACCGAUACUAUAUUUCCAAAAUGGUUUGUUGGCGGGAAGUUAAAUAUGUGCUACAACACCGUUGAUCGUCAUGUGGAGAGUGGAAGAGGAGACCAAGCUGCUGUCAUCUAUGACAGUCCAGUGACUGGCACUAAGCAAGUCAUCACAUAUAAAGAAAUGCAAGAGCAGGUGUCCAGACUGGCCGGUGUACUGGUGAAAAAUGGGGUAAGGAAAGGGGACGUGGUGGUCAUCUAUAUGCCCAUGAUCCCUCAGGCCAUGUUUGCCAUGUUGGCAUGUGCGAGGAUCGGCGCAACCCACAGUCUCAUCUUUGGCGGCUUCGCUUCUAAGGAGCUCUCUGUCCGCAUUGACCAUGCCAAGCCAAAGAUGAUUGUAACAGCUUCUUUUGGCAUUGAGCCUGGCAGAAGAGUGGAGUACAUUCCCCUGGUGGAGAAAGCACUGGAGCUGAGCAGUCACAAGCCAGACAAAGUGCUCAUCUACAGCCGACCUAACAUGGAGAAGGUGUUUAUGCAUCCUGAUCUGAACCUGGACUGGGAGGAAGAGAUGGCUACUGCUCGCCCUCAUGACUGUGUGUCUCUCCCAGCCAAUCAUCCACUUUAUAUCCUCUAUACCUCUGGCACCACCGGAACUCCCAAAGGUGUUGUCAGAGACACAGGGGGUUAUGCUGUGAUGUUAAAAUGGACCAUGACAAAUGUGUAUGGGAUUAACCCUGGUGAGGUGUGGUGGGCAGCAUCUGACCUUGGUUGGGUGGUCGGGCACUCUUACAUCUGCUAUGCCCCUCUUCUCCAUGGUAGCACCACUAUCCUUUAUGAGGGAAAGCCUGUGGGGACGCCGGAUCCUGGGGCCUUUUUCCGCGUGCUGUCAGAGAACGAAGCUGUUGCCAUGUUCACUGCACCCACAGCUAUCCGAGCGAUUCGCCAGCAGGACCCACAGGCGACUCACGGACGACAGCACUCCCUCAGCAGGUUGCGGUGUUUGUUUCUGGCAGGUGAGCACUGUGAUGUGGAGACACUUGUCUGGGCCAAGAAAACAUUUGGAGUUCCUGUGUUGGACCACUGGUGGCAGACAGAGACUGGAUCAGCCAUCACAGCCUCCCAUGUUGGCCUGGGAAGCUCACUGGACCCCCCUGCUGGACAAGCAGGCAAACCUGUGCCUGGAUACAAUGUGUCUGUGAUCAAUGAUGACAUGCAGAAAGUGAAGCCAAGGACUCUGGGGAAUAUUGUAGUAAAACUCCCAUUACCACCUGGUGCUGCAUUAUCUCUCUGGAAGAACCAGGAGCUUUUUAAAAAGCUGUACUUCACUAAGUUUCAGGGCUACUAUGACACUAUGGAUGCAGGCUAUAUAGACGAGGAAGGGUUCUUAUACAUCAUGUCACGAUCUGAUGAUGUCAUCAACGUGGCAGGUCAUAGGCUGUCAGCUGGCGCCCUUGAGGAGUCAGUGCUGCUACAUGCAGGUGUGGUGGACUGUGCCGUGGUGGGACUGGAAGACUCUUUAAAAGGACAUGUCCCCCUGGCUCUGUGUGUGCUGAGGCAUGGCUGUAAAAAGGCAGAGAAGGAUGUUGUGAAGGAGAUUGUGAGUUUGGUCAGAGACACAGUGGGACCCGUAGCAGCCUUCCGGAACAUCCUCUUUGUCAACGGCCUUCCCAAAACUCGAUCAGGAAAAAUACCCCGCUCUGCGUUGGCUAACCUCGUCAACGGCAAGCCUUACGCGAUCAGUCCAACCAUUGAGGAUCCUGAUGUGUUCAAACACAUUGAAAAGAUGGUGAAGGAGGCACUGAGAAGACCUGGCCAGUGAUUCCCUGUGAAGAGAGAUGAUCUCCACUCCUGACAUACACAGAGUGGAGAGGAACUGCAGAGGUCUGGCAGCUGAAUAGGGACUUAUCACACCAUCUGUCUAAUGUAAUAAAGUUUGGACAGAGUUCACACUCCUGCUCUCACCCCAGAUGAGCAUGGAUAAGGAUGUUCUACAUAGAACAACACUGCCCUUAGCUUUGCAAGUGCAAGUGUAUUCUUUGGUGCCCUGUUUGAAACUUGUUUGUGGUUUACUUUGUUAAUUGCCUUAAUGACUUUUAUAGGAAAACUAACGAUUUUUGACAAUAAUCGAUUAUGAAACAAUAACUAAUUGACGGUACUUUUUAUUGACAAUGAAAAUUUGUUUGAUCACCACAUAGUUUUGACCAAAAUACAAUCAGUAUUAAAUAAAAAAUGGACACAAAAUAAAAUGAUUCUCUGUACGUGCAAAACAAAGAUGUAAAAAGUCUGGACCCAGCUGAAUAAACCAGCAGAAAUAACUCAAAGACGGGUAGGUGGGCUGUACAAGAACUUAUCCCAGCAACUUCUACAGAAACAGAGUUAAACAGCUUCACACCAAAGUAAGUCACAGCAAGCAACAGGUGUGUCUUUUAAAAAAG